AAUUACACAAUUAACUAACUAUUAAACACUUCACACAUUUCAUUAGGGUUCAUAAUUUAUUUCUCAUUAUUACAAAAACUAAAGAAAAAACAAAAAAAAACUCCAUUAAUUAAUGGGAAAAGGUCCAGCGGCGGCGACGAUCGGUUCCUCAUUAGUACCGAUCAUCAACAAACUCCAGGAAAUUAUUGCUCCCGUAGGAAACAAUUCUUCGUUGGAUAUUUCUCUACCUCUCGUGGCUGUUAUAGGGAGCCAGAGCAGCGGUAAAUCCAGCGUUCUAGAGGCACUCGUCGGCCGGGAUUUUCUUCCUCGCGGCUGCGAUAUAUGCACGAGGAGACCGCUUCUGCUUGUGCUAGAGAAUCGGCCGGAGACCGAUGAUGAAGGAGCAGAGUGGGGUGAGUUUCGUCAUUUGCCUGGAAAACGAUUCUACGAUUUCUCUAAGAUUCGCCGCGAAAUUCAGGCUGAGACUGACAGAGGAGCAGGGUCUAACAAAGGAGUUUCAGAAGAACAAAUUUUCUUAAAGAUUUCCUCUCCAAAUGUACUUAAUAUGACGCUUGUUGAUUUACCUGGCAUCACUAAAGUCCCUGUUGGAGAUCAACCUAGUGAUAUAGAGGCAAGGGUUAGGAAAAUGAUAAUGACCCAAAUUAGGCAGGAAAAAUGUAUUAUACUGGCUGUUAGUCCUGCAAAUUCUGAUUUGGCUACCUCUGAUGCACUUCAAAUGGCUAGAGAAGCUGAUCCAACGGGUUCUCGAACAAUUGGUGUAAUCACAAAGCUUGAUAUAAUGGAUCGAGGAACUAAUGCACGUAAUUUUUUGCUUGGGAAAGUUAUUCCACUUCGUCUUGGUUAUAUUGGCGUUAUUAAUCGAAGCCAAGAGGACAUUAAUAAAAACCGUAGCAUUGCUGAUGCUCUUUCUCGUGAAGAGACAUUCUUUCGUGAUCAUCCUGUAUAUAGUGGUCUGCCUAGUUCUUGUGGCAUUCCCCAGCUGUCAAGGAAGCUAAAUCAGAUUUUGGAACAACAUAUCAGAAUGGCUCUCCCAAGUUUGAAAUCUGAGCUGAACUCGGAAAUGUCUGUUGUUGGUAAAGAACUUCAAAAGUAUGGAAACAUGGCGGAGGCUAAUAUGGAAAAAGGAGUAAUUUUGUUGAACAUUUUGUCAAAAUAUUGUGAAGAUUUUUCUGCUUUGGUGGAUGGGUGUAGUAAGGAAAUAUCAACUAAAGAAUUGUCAGGUGGAGCCAGGAUCAAUUAUAUAAUUCAUUCAAUAUUUAUAAAGAGCUUAGAGGAAGUUGAUCCUUGUGAGGGUCUAACAGAUGAUGAUAUUCGGAUAACUAUUCAAAAUGCUGCUGGUGCUAGGAACGCAUUAAUUGUUCCAGAGGCCCCGUUUGAAGUUCUUGUUAGAGCACAGAUUGCUCGGUUGUUGGACCCUAGUCUUCAGUGUGUUCGAUAUGUUCAUGAUGAACUAAUGAAGAUUAGUCGCGCUUGUGAAGUAUCUGACUUGCAAAGGUUUCCGAAUUUGAGAAAGCGGAUGGAUGAAAUUAUGGUAAAGUUUUUAUGCGAUGGUGUAAAGCCUACUGAGAAAAUGAUUAGAGAUCAUAUUGAGAUGGAGAUGGAUUGGAUAAAUUAUUUGCAUCCGAAUUUCCUCAGUGGAAGGAAGGCUGUUAAGCUUGCUUUAGAGCAACUGAGAUCACAACAGGAAAGUCGUUCAUCAGUGAACAAUGAGAAACCUACAUCAUCUGGAGGGAACACAUCAACAAGGACUUGGGGAAUUCCAUCAAUGUCUAGUGUGAACUCAUCACCAAGGACUUGGGGGAUUCCAUCAAUGUUUGGGACCAGAGGAGGAUCAUCUGAAGGAAAACCAGUUAGCAACACAACUGUAGAUGAGCCUAAUGGUUGUUCUAAUCAAAUGCCUUGUACAAUCCAAUUGACAGAGCCCCCUUCAAUAUUAAGGCCACUUGAAGCUACAGAGAGUGAAACAGUUGAGAUUUGUGUAACCAAAUCACUCAUCCAAUCUUACUAUGACAUUGUCAGAAAGAAUAUACAAGAUCUUGUCCCAAAAGCUAUAAUGCAUUUUUUGGUGAACCAUACAAAAAGGAAACUUCAGAGUACCUUUACACAGAAACUUUAUAGUGGGGACCUAUUUGAAGAGCUAUUAAUCGAGGACGACGAGGUUGUCUCGAAAAGAAAGUGUAAUCAAGAAUUGUUUCUGGUUUUACAAGAAGCCAUUGAGAUGCUUGAGGAAGUUGAAUCUGAUGUUUCAACUGGAAGUUCAACAAUCAUUUCUUCAUCGAGUAGUGUUGCAGGGAUCACAUAUUAGUUUAUGUUCAACUACCAAACUUCAGAUUUAAGAACUGUAAUUUUGAAAUGAAGUGAUUGAAAAUAUUGACAGCUACGUGGUUUUGGUUAAUUGAAUCUAAAAUCUCUUUUAAUUUUAAAUAAAUAGUGUAUGGUAUUAAAUUUUGAUUUGUGUAAAUUUUGUCAUGUAAAUUGAAAAAUUGAAUCUAUGUCCAAUGAAUCAUACCUACCAAGAAAAAGUCAGUUAUAUUUCUCGAGAGAAAUGCUAAAAGACAUCAAUGGUACUUAACACUCUCAAAAAUAUAAUAUUGCUAUUAGUGUAUUUAAGUAUCAAAUCUCAUAUAUUUUAAUAUAAUAACUUUUAUGAAAUAUUACUAGUGCUACCUUUAGAUGGUGUUAAGAACCACUAGUGCUUAAUAGCAAUAUUGAUGGGUGACAAGAGAAGAGAUAUAACUUUGUGAUAGGGCGAAACAUUUGCACCCGAAAAUCCACCCAGCAAACCUGACUGACCUAAUCCCGAAAAACCCAAAAAAAUUGGAUUUAAAAGAUUAGUGGGCCAAUUCGGGUGUAACCCAGUUCCAAAUCGGGUUGGGUUCAAGUUAGACAAGGUCAAGAAAUUCAAAACCCGAGUGCACUUGGAACUCGAUUUUGUUUAGUUAAAUAUAUACUUUUAUACCCUUACACGGAAACGAAUCAAACACCCCCCACCCCAAGAAAACCUAAUUCUAAUUUCUAAAACUAAAGAACCCCAUUCGAAAGCCCUGACUUCCACGACCCCAACCCCAGACCAGGUCCGGCAAGACCCCACCGCCCCAGCUCAAGUCCAGCGAGAUGCCCACCACUCCACACAAGUAUUUUUCUUCCUUUUUUUUUUCUGUUUUUUUUAUUUGUUCUUUCCUUCCUCAUCCGCUCGGGCCUCCGACAACAAUGACCUGGUCCAGUUGCUUCGCCUCCGUCCCAACCUGCACCCAAGCCUAAAACCCAAAAGCCUGUUCUACCACACGGGCGAGUUCGAUACACAAUCUAUACACCAAAAAUCUAAAAACCCAAAACCCACCUGAUGUGCACUUCAUCAUAUGUAAAUCAUCCAAGACAUAUUUGAAAAUCUAGAAUUUGAAUUGAUGUGAUUUCAAUAAAAAUUAGGAGAAUUACCUUUAAAUUUUUUUUUUCAAAUUUACGGUUUGAGUUUCUAAAGUAGUUGUAACGCUAGUUGCAAUAGGAGUUUUUAUACGAUUUUUUGUGGCAAUUUAGGUUGCAGCGCUAGUUGCAAUAAGAAUUUUUACGUAAAAUUCUGUAAAAAUGCAAAAAUGCAAAAAUGCAAAAAAAAAAAAAAAAAAAACUAUUUUAAAGUGUAAAAAUGAAAAAACUCCUAAAAAUUAAAGGGUCAAAAAUUAUGAAGCAAGAGUAACAAGAUUAAAUUCAUAAUAAAAACAUCAUCAUAUAUAUAUCUAUAUUAACUAUGUUCUAGUGUUGUGAAUUAAUCUCAUACAAAUUUGUUGAAAUUCCAUCUCUAACAUCUUCCAUCUAAGUCAUAUAAUUAAUCUCUCUAGUAUUUGCAUAAUAAAUAAAUAAAUCUCUAGUAUGACAUUGAUAAUGUACGAGUGAAUAGGAAAGGGAAAAGGGGAGAAUGAAAUUGUAAUAGAGCUAGUAGAGCUCAUGGCUUGGGAGAGCAUUGUGUCUCUCCAAUACCCAAUACUAUACCUUGUUCACUUCAAUUUCCACUAUCAAUAUAUUAUCUAAAUUCCUCUAUUUUGCUAUUGUUUAUGCUUAAAUGAUAAGAAAUUUCCUAUCAAAACAUCUCAUUAAUUUUUGCUUCAACUCCUUCCUCCUCUUUGGUUUUGUAUAGUAAAUUGGUUUUGGGUCACUUCAAUAUGUUCUAAUGGUGUAAAGUCAAUGAAUUAUUGCUCAAACAUCCUAUCACUAAUAGAGUGUAUUCUAAUCUAUAGCCAAAAUAGAUAACACAGCAUGCUCAAUUGGUAUUUAACAUUGCUUUCCAAAGCAAAUGCUCAUAUCAAUUCAUUUAUUAUUAUUGUUAUUAUUGGCAAAGAGUCUCAAAAAGGGAACACUAUAAUUCAAGCAACCUGAGUUUAACACCAUUGAAACAAAACUACAGAGCCCAAAAAGUUAAUUUGAUAUUCUUCAAAGGAAGUAAUAUAGACAAAGUACAAGUCAUGCUUUGAGAUUAGCAUAAUAAGAUAUUAUUAACAACUACUAGCUAGUUCUUUUGUUUUGCAAGUUUAUUAUAUUGGAAUUAGAGUGCAUCUAAGUUUCUCUUAUUUUGAUCAGAAAAUCCAAGCCUCUCUCCAAAUCUCAUAUGACAUCCUGUUAUCAAAGUAAAAGAAUUUCACAUUACAUUGUGAAACAAAGAAGAAUGUAAAAUGGAAACAAAGAAUAAAAAUUCAUAGAUUGAAAAAAUAAUGUGAAUUAGAGAGUCCAAAUUAGAUAUUAACAUACAUGUGAUUUCACUAUGUAAAAUCCAAGUCAAUCAACACAAUCAUAGUUUUAAGUGAAGAAUAUUUAAAAGUUGAAAUCCUCUAACAAAAGAAGCAAUUAUCAAGUGCAAAGUAAAUUUCAUGUUGUUGGUGGAGACACUUAGUUUAACAAAUCAGAAUUUUUAUGAAAAAAAAAACUAUAAUAAAUUUCUUGGCAAGAUGAUGUCUUAUGACCCCUGAAGAUCCUAAGAUACUAUAAUCAAAAAACAACUAUCAAAUAUCAUAAUCAGAAAUAAAUGACUGAUGAACCACGAUCUCGGAAACUAAUUUCUGAACUGAAAAGAAGGCUCACCCAAAACAGAAAAACCAAUCGAAAGAAGGCUAUAGAAUGAAACUUGAGAAGAUAAAAAAUAUUGUCAACGCAACAAAGACAAGGAACUCAAAAUCCCAAUCACAAGAUCGUGGAUUUCUCGUAGGAAGACAUAAACCCAGAACAGCAGAGUCCAAAACCAGCAGAUCCAAUCAAACAAAAUAUAUUACCCAAAUAAGCAUACAAAAUAUAUUGCUCAUUAAGAUCUUGGAUAAAAUUCCAAAUCAAACACUGUAAACCCUAAAACUUAUUACAUAGAAAACUUAUUAAAAAAUUUCCUAAUCAAGCAAACCAAAUUAAAUGCUCUACCGAAUAAAAUAUUAACACAUAAACAAACUUCUAAUGUUAGAUGAGAUUUUACAGAGGAAUAAAUCUAAAUACCUUGUGUAAAUGGUCGAUGAGUAAAUAUGGAGCGAGUGGGAGAUGUAAGAUGAGAUGAACAUUGAGUGAAGAGUCUUGAUUUCGUGGAAGCUUCACCGAGAAGAUGGAAGAUGGGGGAAACAAUAUCCCAAAACAGAAAAAACGUGAUUUUCUCGUUUUCGACUUGUUUCAUAAGAUUUGAAAACUGAUUAGAUUUUUGUUUUCGAAAAACAAUUUACCAAUCAAAAAUAGAAGUUGCAUUCAAAUCAAAUACUAAUCAAGUUUUUACCAAGAGUCUCUAACCAUCCUAAGGAUGUGCUUCUUCAUAUGAAGGAAGUAAUAAUACCUUGGGUUUGUUAUUAAUAUUAAUGUAAUUCUUCAUGAGUUUAUUAUACUAAAAAUUUUCCAUGAAUUAUUAACCUUACAACCACUCACUCUUUUAUAAUUGGGCACCAAAAGUUUUGAUACUAUAUUAUGACAUUUCAAUUUGAUUAGCUCACUUCUUUUAUCCAUAGUUACAACAUACCACUCAUGACAAAUAGCACCAAAUGACCAUCUUUCAAUGUUUCCAAAUUUUUUUUCAAAAAUCAAGUGAAGAAAGUCCUUGGGAAGAUAACCCUAAUCUGAAAUUUAGAAAAACAAAAAAAAAGAAUUAUUCAUAUAUGUCUAUAUUACUGACUAUCAACACUUUUAAUCAUGUAGUAGUAAUGGAUAUACAUUAAGGCAUGAACAUAUAUAACUAGUAUAUUAUUAAUUAUCUGAAUCCAUCUUAAUUAAUGGUCUUUGAAAAUUAAAACAAACACGGAAUUCAUUCCGUUGUGUUCGAUUGGAAGUAAUUUUGCAUCCAACCGUUAAAUUAACUCAAUCUUGAUCCAAUAAUUAUGAAGAUAACGUAAUGCAUACGUUGAUGCAUAAACAUACAUAAAUAGUAUAUUAUUCAUUACCCGAAUCCAUAUUAAUUCAUGAUCUCAAGAGUAUAUACAUAUGGAAUGGAUUUUGUUCCUUUUAUAAAAGAGAAACGGAAUGCUUCCCGUUAUGUACUAUAAGAUUUGUUUUAUGUACUUUGGUUAAGGUAAGGUAGUAAAUACUCUAGACUCGGUUUGAUGUACUUUCACUUCCAACCGUUACAUCAACUCAAUCUCGAUCCAAUAAUUAUGAAGAAUGCAAACCCUAAUUAGACAAAAUCCAGUCCCUAUAAACAUACUUCUACUCAAAUCAUUUCUAUUCCUAGUCAAAUCAAAUUUAACUUUUAAAAGUAAAAAUAGAUCAAGACAAAAAAAGAACAGCAUACCCUUUUCUCUUUUCUCUCUUUUCCUUCAAACUCUAUUCAGUAUCUGAUGGUACAUUUGACGAUGCAGCAGAUGCAGCAGAUGCAGCAGUUGCAGCAGCAUUAGCAGUAUCAGCAGCACGAGCAGACUCCUCCUCAAGUCUCAAUUUUUCCAAUCCGGGUUUCAAUUCUUGAUUACAAAAAUGCUCAUACUCAGCUCUAUCACCACUUUUCUUCUUAACUUCCACCACAACCAAAGAAGGUGUCAACUCAAAUAUUUCAGCAGCAAUAGUCAACGGCCCCCUAACACCCUCUCUAGUACCCUCUAAACUCACCCUACAAUCCUUCUUCCUCACACUAAAGCUAACAACUUUACCAAUCUCUUCAAGUUUAGAAAUAAUCUUAGAAACCGAAGCACUCGAAACAAACCUCGAUUCCUCCUCAGAACCCUCCUCAAACAACCCAGAUAAAUCAAAUCCCCUAGAGAAAGAUAUUAUAUCAAAAGCAUUCAAACUAGCUGGUCUAGGCAAAGAAGCUGUUCUUCUUCUCAUCUCAAUUUCCGAAUCAGAUUCAGACAAAGACUGAUCAGAAAAACAACUCCCAUCAUCACCACCCUCAACCUCAGCCUUUUCCUUAUCAAUAAUCCCAUCAUCAUCCUCAACUUUACACAGUUUAUCAUCCUCAAUGUAAAAUUUAAUAUGUUUGAAACCCUUUUUAAACCACCUAUUCUCCAUAAUAUGAGGUAUAGUAACCCUAGUUUCAGGGUUUGUAUCAAGAACACGACUAAGAAGCCGAGAUAACUCGGGGGAAAACCAUCUAGGGCAACGAAAUUCACCCUUGUAAAUCUUCUUAUACAUAGCCAUAAUAUUCUGAUCAUGAAAAGGUAAAUAACCAGCCAUUAAAACAAACAAUAUAACACCACAAGACCAAAUAUCAACCUUAGCAGCAUCAUAACCCUUCCUAGCCAAAACCUCCGGCGCUACAUAAGCCGGCGUACCACAAAAAGUAUGAAAAAGACCAUCUUGACGAAUUUGAUCAGAAACAGCACUCAAACCAAAAUCAGAAACUUUAAGAUUACCAUUCUCAUCAAGAAGAAGAUUCUCAGGCUUAAGAUCCCGAUGAAAAACUCCUCGAGCGUGACAGAAACUAACGGCUGAGAUCAAUUGCUGAAAGUAAUUCCUGGCAAGUUCCUCCUUGAGUCUUCCCUUGGCGACUUUGUUGAACAAUUCUCCACCGCGAACGUACUCCAUAACGAAGUAGAUCUUAGCCUUGGUAGCCAUAACCUCAAAGAGUUGAACAAUGUUAGGGUGACGAACUCGUCGAAGAAUUGAAAUCUCUCUCUUGAUAUGAGCAAUUAAACCGCCUUUUAGGAUCUUCUCUUUAUCGAUUACUUUAAUGGCGACGCUUUCGCCGGACUUGAUGUUUUUGGCUAGGUAAACUUUUGCGAAGGUUCCGUGACCUAAUAGUUUGCCGAUUUCGAAGCGACCUAGGAGUAAGCCUUGGAUUUCCUUCUUGGUGGUGGUGGUGGAGCUGGUGGCCUUGAUUUCGGCCAUUGAUGCUCCGUGGUUAGGGUUUGAUUAUGGAGAAGAAGAUAUGGUUUUUGGUGUUUGUGUUUUGGUAAUUUGAAAUGAAAGGUAUACUCUCUUU